AUGAAUGAAAAUAAUAGCUUGCCAGUGGCAGCGGCGAGAAAAAGGACCACACAAACGAAUGCCUCAUCAAGCCCAGAAACUGGUCUUCUGAUUAAUGUUAUCCGCUCACUAACCUCUAGUGUGUCCGAAGAUCAACGAGAAAUUGAGAAAGCGAGGCUUGAAAAAGGAUUCAGGGAAUCUGGAGAAUUAAUUGACCGACUCGUCAAAAAUCAUCAAGCUGAUGUUGACGAAUGUCUUGAUUCCUUUCGGGAUGUUUCCGCGAAAGUUUCAGAUUGUCGGGAACGCAUCCGUAAUGUGAAAAAUGCUCUACAAACUUGUAAGAGUUUGCUGGAAUUGAAACGAGACGAUUUGAAGAAGCUUUGGCUCGAAAAUGCUCAACAAAAAGCGGUGUGCGAGAUUUUAGCUCAAAUUGAAAAAUUACGGGAAGGACCUGCAAAGAUUGAGUGUCUUAUAGCUAAAGAGUCUUAUCAAAACGCAGCGGCAAUUGUUACAGAAUCUAGAGAAAUAAUGAAUGGAAAAAUGUCGAGAAUCGAAGGUCUCAGCCAAUUAAGGAAUCAAAUCGAAAACUAUGCGCAAAUUUUAUUCGAGAAAAUCAACGACACCUUAGUCACUAUGCUGAUUAUUGAGCCGUUUGAAAAACAUCUAAUGACAAUUGUCCGCACAAUUCCGGAACAUAAAGUUCAUCAAAAUCAACAUUGUUCGUCGAUUUAUGAAAAAAUGAGAAAUGGAUUUAAUGUGGAGCCGGCGAAAACUCGGCUAAGUAAAGCGGUUGAAGCAUUAUCAAAUUUGGAAGGUGGAAAUUGGGAUAUUGACCGACUAAAAUUCCUUUGCAAAAAUAUGAUGGACAAAAUGAUAUCGAUUAGUAUUCAAGUGAUGAGAAUUGGGUGCAAUAUUGAUGAAAAUAACGACGGAGAGCAAGCACAUUUGAAACAAUUUGUGCAAAUGCUUUCCGCUCAACUCGACUCCUCAUGUGCUCUACAUGCAGAAUUCGCAGAGCUAAUUGAAAAACAAUGUUCAAGAUCCGAUGUAGUUAUCUCGUUCUGGAAAUCGGCCCAAUCAGCACUUGAGGUGGUUAUCUCGGAACAUCUAGAUAUCAAUACUUCAAUUGACGACACAAGCGUGAGCAAUGAUCAGAAAGCAUUGUUCCGUUUCGAUUGUACUGCGUGUGCUUCAUCUCCGAAUGUCGCUUCAUCGAAUUCGCAGCCGAAGGUUGUGAUUUGUAAGCCAUCCGCUUACAAUAUUGUGGCGAUUUUCCCGAUUCUCAGUCGAUUAAUGGAAAAUAUCGAGAAGCAAAUUAACGAAUCGCCUUGCGAAUUACGACGAUUUAUGCACUCAUUCGUUAUGGAAAUGUUUGUGGAGCGUGUCAAGACCAAUUUGGCAUCUCGAAUUGAAUCGGCCCUUCGUGGUGGAGAUUCGCUAAGAGCUCCAGUCGAUAAUAAAAUCUUACCGUCAUGUCGUAAAGUGCUCGAAUUGUGCAAAGAAGUUCAUGAUUUGAUCAUUAGCAUGGAUUUGUAUGCUGAUCGAUUUGCUGCUCUUUGGUUGCUCGUCCUCACCGAUUAUUAUAAAAAUAUGACCGAUGUUUAUGAUCGGAUGACUCCUAGUAGUGUUAGUGAGAAUGAUGCAGUAGCCACUCGCAAGCAGAAGCUUUCGGCGACGUGGACAGCCGAUGACGACAUCUCACGUCUUCUGAUGAGUCUACCGAACUGGCACGCUGCCAAUUUGUCGCCGACGACGCCUUCGGUUGAAAGCGAACAAGAUGUCGGCGAGCGAAGCAAACGCGAAUCGGAGAUUCUCAUCGGGAAUCUCGGAACACAGACGCAGAAUAAAUUGACUGAAGCACAUUUGAUUACCGAUAUGAAUGAUAUUCGCAUGUUUGCUAGCCUUCAUGAAUCUCUCAGGUGGUUCAGCGAUCAGAUUCGAGAGCUGGUUUAUUCGCUUCCGGCUCAUGUCCGACUCGUUCUCGACACUUGUAUGGUUCAAGUCCGACUCAAAGACGGACAAAUGAUUGAUAAUAAAUCCGUCCCUUCAGCCAUCGAGGAUUGUGUUCGGCGACUAGAAACCAUCGCAGAUUCUUGUCUUCUACUUCUUCAUAUCGAAAUCCGAUUCCAUUGUUUCUAUCAUUUAUCACCGCUCGCCAAAUAUCGAAAUUCGUCAAUUCACAAUGAAGUUGAUCCCGAGGUUGUCACUCUUGGCAAGGAUCUUCAACAAUUUUACAACGAGCUGAAAGAUGUUCUAUCUGCUUCGAAACUCUCCUACAUUUUCGAUGGUCUCGGUCAUUUGUGUGCCUCGAUUUUCAUUCAUUUGAGCCAAUUCAUGCCACGACUAACCGAGGCAGCGAAGAAACGAGUGUGCCGCAAUGUGUGGGGAGUUCAGCAACGAUUGUCAAGGAUCACAAAUCGAAGAGAAUCCGAUUUGGACAAGGCUCGAGCCUUCUUCGAUCUUCUUCUUACCAAUGAUCCUGAUGGAUUGUUAUCAAUUAUCCCUGAAAAACGGUCAAUGUUCACACCCAUCGAAUUAAGCUAUCUUCUCGCUUUAUCAGUUCGUAGUGAUAAGACCCUCGCCAGUCAGCACGGUGCACUAGAAAAACGUCAGCUUCAAUUAAACGCUAUUCUCAAAUCUUAA